AUGGAGACCUUCUCCACCUUGCAAUGCCACACUUACCCUAUACUCAUCCUCAUCUCUGCCAUUUCACCACUUGUCCAGCUUCGCCAACUCGCCGGGCAAAAGGCUGCUACCAACAGGCAAGAUGAGAGGAAGAAGUCUCCCACCCCUUUUCUCGUCUUCUUGACGGCUCCUGCCGAAAUGGAGCAACUCGACAUCAACGUCGAUGGCUAUGUCGCUGGCUCAGGUUCAGAUAGCGAUGCCACAGUCGUACCAUCUCCACCCUCGCGAUGUUCGUCGACUCGAAGCAACCCAUUCGAUAUUGAAUUGCCCGACGACUUCACUCCUCGUUCGCUGGAGUGGUUUCUAAGCCCUCGCCCUGACCCCAAGAAACCAAUUAACAUGUUCUGGACUGACCCUGCCGGUUACUACGCUUCUCCUUCUCCAUCGCCAACUACAGAAAAAGAUGAGGACCAGCCAGACCUAGGAAAUGAAAAGUUAGGCACAAUGGGUAGUCUCGAGCAGUGGUUUGUCCCUCGUCGUAGAGACACAACUUAUAAGUCAAAGUGGACCAUCGGGGCACUGUUGCCUGAUUUGGUAAUUCGACGAGUUUCUUUGAAUGUUAGUGAUAUCUCUCAGUUUCAACUCGCUCGCCCGCCUACUCCCCCGCGCAAACGCUCUCGCUACCCAGACACCAUGAGCAACAAGCCAUUGCCCCCUCUUCCUCAAGCUCGACGUUUCGUCUCAGAAGGGAACACGCCAUUUCUUGCUGCUCGCCCUCGUUCUAGAAGCAUCCCAGAGUUUGCUUUGAGUCGUUGGAGCGAGAGUUCAAAAUUUGAAAAUGCCGCUGAGGACCAGACUCAGCCUAUCACUGAUUCUCACAUCGAAGCUCCCAAGUCAGAAAUUCAAGCUCCAGAAACCAUGAAUAGCGAAUAUGUGGUUCAGAACACUUUAUCCACUGGUUCUCACCUCCUUGUUUGUCUUAACCAGUACCAGGAGAACCAGAUGGCAGCUGUCACUCAGGUGGAGAAUACUCUGUCCAACCCUCACAUCCCAGAGGCUCUUCGUGAGAAAUUCAUUGGUUGGUCUCAGCAGCUGAUUGACCUCGACUGCCCUUUUCGCGUCAAUGCUCAGCCUGGCGUCCUCGACGUAGUCAAGGUUACUGAGAAGGAUGCUCACCACGUUGUUGAUUGGGCCAUCGAAGUUGGCACCAAGACAAACACUAUCCACGACCAGAUCAACACCUACAUGGAUGCUGCGGACUCGAUUGCGUGUGAGUUGAGAGAGAUGUCUUCUGGCGUCGACAUUUAUAACGGUUCUCUUCUUCCUAUCGAAGAACUCUAUCACAACAUGGCCGACAUCGUACGCAAGAAAUGUCGCUCUCCACGACUCCAUGAAGUGCUCUUGCUCAGAAACUUCUUGAACCUCUACGAGAACCUUCUUUACAUUCCAUUCCAGAAUGUCAAGGACCGUGUCAAGAUCGUCCACGACACUUACCCACAUAACCCCGUCUCGAUCGCGCUCAACAUCGACACUCCUCUCUCCUUGCUCAAGCGUGUCCUUGACGCAGCCUACAUUGCGCAUGCAGAGUACACAGCUCUUAUUCGGCGUAUUCGCCGGGAGUUUUUCGUGCCAAUCGAGGAACGUAUUCCGGGUGUCAGCUCUCGUACUGAUGGGUACUUGAACAAUGUCGUUGGACCUACUAAUGUUAUCUGA